AUGGACGGCACAUUUCAUCGCUUUUCUGACCUCCCCUGGGAGCUUAGGGACAUGAUCUGGAAUUUCGCUCUUCGGCCUGAUGUUCCAGGCGUACACAUAUUCAAACUCUACAAUUCAAAGCUAGAUGACGAUGUUGACAAGAACAUUGACGUCUCCAACCCUUACGACUCUCAUCAUUUACGCCUUGCCGCUCCACAAAGCAACAAGUCAUCCAUUACCCGGAACCGCAACAACCCUUCUACAUAUUUCAUCGACGGAGGCUUAUGGACUGCUUGCAAAGAGUCUAAGCUCGUCAUGGAGCGCCAUUUUAAUUGUGACAAGCGGAAAUCUUCAUCGGAAGAUCGCAUACGAUGGCGCUCUGAGAUAUUAAAGACGGGGAUGGAUAUGCCGGAGACAAGCUACUUCGCGUGUCAUAAUGGGAAUUUACACUUCUUUACUGUUUUCCCUCACAAAGACCUCUUUAUCCUUCGACCUCAGAACCUUAAGACAAUCAACUGGUCCAAUUUCGACUGGGACAUUGUCCUUGGAUCAUAUAUGCAUGACUUCGGAGGGCUUCAAAACAUCGCUUUGGAAUACAACCCGGAAUGGGGGUAUGAUAUCGAAGAUGAUAUAGUUGACAUGGCCAUGGACAUUGGCUCGCAUUGUUCCGGAAUUAACAUCUGGAUCGUCGACUACACCCUGAGGCGAAGAGAUAGGGCAUCUGUUGGGCAGAAACCUACAUCUCAUGGGGAUGAGAAUGUGGCUUUCCAUCUGAACGGCCGGCGGUUGAUCCCGGUUGACACAUAUCGAGAUCGCGAAGAAGGCUGGAUUGAGAUCGAGAAAGUGAACGGAAAGCACGUUGAAAGGGUGGGGUUUAGCUCGACCUGUCUUGUCAACCACGUUUGUGAUAAAAUUUGGGAUCUAUGCGACAUGUAUGAGGAGCUAAACCCAUUGGUAGUAUCUGUAGGAGUGCUUGCUUGCGACACUACCUGA